UUUAUUUUUUUUUUCUGGCUAACCUUCUCCACUCCUUGAAGCAAGAUUAUGGAAGAAGGGAGAGAGAGAGAGCAGAAGGAGCGGCUGUUGGGUUUCUUUAUCGUUAUUAACAAGUCUGUCUAUGCUCUAGAGAGCCUUGCCAAGUGGGAACGUCUGAAAAUUGCUAGGACACAAGAAUGCCUUGUCCCAGCAAGUAGGCAGCCCAUGGAAACAUUGUGGAGAAGAUGUUUAGCUUGCUGUGCUUCUAACUUUGGUGCCAAUAUUAUAUACGCAAUAUCCCCUUCCCUCUGCAGUUGACCCAAGAUACUUCUGGUUAAAGUAGAGGUCUCUCUCAUCACCUCUGGGCUAUUAAAGGUGUUGAAAAUCCAGUUCUCUGGAGAAACACCAAUUCACUUGUACCCCCAAACCCCAGUGCUGGGUCAAAAGCAAUUACAAAAGCAUACACUUGCACUCAAAUUGGCUUCUUGGUUGUCCAGGCCUUGUUAACAUUUUCUAAGGGGAGGGUUUCUAUUGUUUUUAAAUUGUAUUUUCUUGAAUUCUACUAACUUUCUUUUCCCUUCUAAGAGAAAAGUCCGUUGGGCUACAAGAAAAAAUAUUUAAGAGAAGGCUUUGAAGCUGUGCUUUCUCUGUAGCUUAGUCUUCUAGUCAGGUUUGAAGUCAAGUAGGAAGAAAAUAAUGCUCUCGUCUAUGGCAAAGGGACCAAUUCAUUAUAUUGUUAAGUAUCAAGUAGGCUCAUGGGAUGACUUGCCUCUAGGAUGCUUUCUCUGCAGGGAUUUUUCACUGGGAGAUGAGUGGCAUUAUCUGUUGUUUAGCCACGUCUCUGCAUGUUCCUUUAAGCUGCUGUUUGGUAAAGGUCUUCACACUCAUUCCUAAGGAGGCACUGAAGGGCCUGCCUGUGAGUCGCCUCUGCCCAGCCAAAUCUCGGCGGGGAACCAUCCUCAAACUUCCUGUGUCUGUAUUUCAGGGAGAUCUGACGGGCUGGAUUCCCAAUUGCUUUUGUAAAAAUCUUGGAAACUUUGUCCUUCGUUGAAUUACGACACUGUCCACCUUUAAUUUCCUCGAAAACUCCAAUAACUCGGCUGAAGCCAUGCCUUGUGUUCAGGCGCAGUAUGGGUCCUCGCCUCAAGGAGCCAGCCCCGCUUCUCAGAGCUACAGUUACCACUCUUCGGGAGAAUACAGCUCCGAUUUCUUAACUCCAGAGUUUGUCAAGUUUAGCAUGGACCUCACCAACACUGAAAUCACUGCCACCACUUCUCUCCCCAGCUUCAGUACCUUUAUGGACAACUACAGCACAGGCUACGACGUCAAGCCACCUUGCUUGUACCAAAUGCCCCUGUCCGGACAGCAGUCCUCCAUUAAGGUGGAAGACAUUCAGAUGCACAACUACCAGCAGCACAGCCACCUGCCCCCUCAGUCCGAGGAGAUGAUGCCGCACUCCGGGUCGGUUUACUACAAGCCCUCCUCGCCCCCGACACCCAGCACCCCGGGCUUCCAGGUGCAGCAUAGCCCGAUGUGGGACGACCCCGGGUCUCUUCACAACUUCCAUCAGAACUACGUGGCCACCACGCACAUGAUCGAGCAGAGGAAGACACCCGUCUCCCGCCUUUCACUCUUCUCCUUUAAGCAGUCGCCCCCGGGCACUCCUGUGUCGAGCUGCCAGAUGCGCUUCGACGGGCCUCUGCACGUCCCCAUGAACCCGGAGCCCGCGGGCAGCCACCACGUAGUGGAUGGGCAGACCUUCGCCGUGCCCAACCCCAUUCGCAAGCCGGCAUCCAUGGGCUUCCCGGGCCUGCAGAUCGGCCACGCGUCGCAGUUGCUUGACUCGCAGGUGCCCUCGCCGCCGUCCCGGGGCUCUCCCUCCAACGAGGGUCUGUGCGCCGUCUGCGGCGACAACGCAGCCUGUCAGCACUACGGUGUUCGCACUUGUGAGGGCUGCAAAGGUUUCUUUAAGCGCACGGUGCAAAAAAACGCGAAAUACGUGUGUUUAGCAAAUAAGAACUGCCCAGUGGACAAGCGCCGCCGAAAUCGUUGUCAGUACUGUCGAUUUCAGAAGUGCCUGGCUGUUGGGAUGGUUAAAGAAGUGGUUCGUACGGACAGUUUAAAAGGCCGGAGAGGUCGUUUACCCUCGAAGCCGAAGAGCCCACAGGAUCCCUCUCCCCCCUCACCUCCGGUGAGCCUGAUCAGUGCCCUCGUCAGAGCCCACGUUGACUCCAAUCCGGCUAUGACCAGCCUGGACUAUUCCAGGUUCCAGGCAAACCCUGACUAUCAGAUGAGUGGAGAUGACACCCAACACAUCCAACAAUUCUACGAUCUCCUGACUGGCUCUAUGGAGAUCAUCAGAGGUUGGGCCGAGAAGAUCCCUGGCUUUGCUGACCUGCCCAAAGCUGAUCAAGACCUGCUUUUUGAAUCAGCUUUCUUAGAAUUAUUUGUUCUGCGAUUAGCGUACAGGUCCAACCCAGUGGAGGGUAAACUCAUCUUUUGCAAUGGGGUGGUCUUGCACAGGUUGCAAUGCGUGCGUGGCUUUGGGGAAUGGAUUGAUUCCAUUGUUGAAUUCUCCUCCAACUUGCAGAAUAUGAACAUCGACAUUUCUGCCUUCUCCUGCAUUGCUGCCCUGGCUAUGGUCACAGAGAGACACGGGCUCAAGGAACCUAAGAGAGUGGAAGAACUACAGAACAAAAUUGUAAAUUGUCUUAAAGACCACGUGACUUUCAAUAACGGGGGCUUGAACCGACCCAACUAUCUGUCCAAACUGUUGGGGAAGCUCCCAGAACUCCGCACCCUUUGCACACAGGGCCUCCAGCGCAUUUUCUACCUAAAACUGGAAGACUUGGUACCGCCACCAGCAAUAAUUGACAAACUUUUCCUGGACACCUUACCUUUCUAAGAUCUUCUCCCAUGCACUUCAAAAGACCUGGAAAGAAAAACCAUCCAGAGGGGGCUGGUCACAUGGGCAGAGAGCUGGCUAAAAAGUCCAGUGUAUGUCAUCUCCCUCCUGUAGACCCCAAGCCCCCAUCCCUACAGUAAACAACAACAAACAAACAAACAAACAAACAAACACUGUCGCUAUUUCCUAACUUGCAGGCAGAACCUGAAAGGGCAUUUUGGCUCCGGGGCAUCCUGGAUUUAGAAAAACGGACGCCACACAAAGCAGUGGUAUAAACUUUUUAUUAUCAGUUCAAAAUCAGUUUAUUGUUCAGAAGAAAGAUUGCUAAUGUACGAUGAGAAAUGUUUGGCCAUGCUUGCUUGUUGCAGUUAAGACACAUGUUUUACACACACACACACACACACACACACACACACACACAAAGCCCUUAAGGGUACCCACAUAUUUUGCCCUUUACCAUGACUUCAAAGUUUUCUGCUGUAAAGAAAGCUGUAAUAUAUAGUAAAACUAAAUGUUGCGUGGGUGGCAUGAGUUGAAGAAGGCGGAGGCUUGUAAAUUUAUCCAAUGCAGUUUGGCUUUUUAAAUUAUUUUGUGCCUAUUUAUGAAUAAAUAUCGGAAAUUCUAAAAAGUAAGUGUGUUUGCAAAAAAAAAAAAGAAAAUAACUACAUAAAAAAGGGACAAGCAUGUGACUCUAGGUUGAAGAUGUUAUAGGCACUUGCUACUUCAGUAAUGUCUAUAUUAUAUAAAUAGUAUUUCAGACACUAUGUAGUCUGUUAGAUUUUAUAAAGAUUGGUAGUUAUCUGAGCUUAAACAUUUUCUCAAUUGUAUAAUAGGUGGGCACAAGUAUCAAUACAUUGGCAAAUCCUAACAAAAGGGACACAUAGUGUUUGUAACACCGUCCAACAUUCCUUGUUUGUAAGUGUUGUAUGUAUCGUUGAUGUUGAUAAAAGAAAGUUUAUAUCUUGAUUAUUUUGUUGUCUAAAGCUAAACAGAACUUGCAUGCAGCAGCUUUUGACUGUUUCCAGAGUGCUUAUAAUAUACAUAACUCCCUGGAAAUUACUGAGCACUUUGAAUUUUUUUUUACGUCUAAAAUUGUCAGUUAAUAUAUUAUUUUAUGUUUGAGUAAGAAUUUUAAUAUUGCCAUAUUCUGUAGUAUUUUUCUUUGUAUAUUUCUAGUAAGGCACAUGAGAUGAGUCACUGCCUUUUUUUCUAUGGUGUAUGACAGUUAGAGACGCUGAUUUUUUUUCUGAUAAAUUCUUUCUUUGAGAAAGGCAAUUUUAAUGUUUACAACAA